AUGAAGACGACGGCCGAGCUCGUCAUUGCGCUCCAACUUGUCGCCAUCGUGCGGGGUCGCAUCUGCGCAUCCCGCCUGCGCCCCACCACGACCGAGGCCGGCCACGAUCGGGUUCUCGCCAAACGCACGCUCGAGGGGGCGACGUUCACAGAACCGCUCAAAGCGCUCGAGGCCGUCACGGAGCUGGGAAAGCUGCGGCCCCAAGACCAUACCGUCGACACGGUCGUCGAGGCGCUCUCGAAGCUCGUACCGGAGGACAUGGUGUUCGUGAUGAAGGCCUUGAGGCGGGCGGACUCCGUCAAGGCCGCGACGCUGGACUAG